AUGGCAGGUCGCUUCGUUCGCUCUUCCAAAUACCGGCACGUGUUCGGCCGUCCUACACGAAAGGAACAAUGUUACGAUAACCUGAAAGUUUCCCGAAACGCCUGGGACACCAAUUUGAUCAAGGCCAACCCUGAAUACAUUGCAGUCAACUGGGAAGCCACUGGCGGAGGGGCUUUCGCGGUUAUUCCCACACGCGAAAAAGGCCGCCUCCCCGAGCGAAUACCUCUCUUCCGAGGACACACUGCGGUUGUACUGGACACAGAUUGGAAUCCUUUCAACGACUCUUUGAUUGCGUCUGGCUCCGACGAUGGCAAGGUCUUCCUCUGGAGAGUACCAGACGAUUUCACACUUCAUUUGGACAUUCCCGCGGACGAGAUACAAGAUAUUGCACCAGUAGGGAAGCUGAGCGGACACCCAAAGAAGGUUGGGCAGGUCCUUUUCAACCCAGCUGCAGAAAAUAUCCUUGCUUCAGCAGCGGGUGAUUUCACAGUCAAGCUUUGGGAUAUUGAAGCCGGCUCCUCGAAGCUCAGCCUCAAAGUAGGCGAGGUCAUUCAGUCACUAUCUUGGAGCGCAGAUGGCAGUCAACUAGUGACAACAUCCCGGGACAAGAAAUUGAGAAUAUGGGACCCGAGACAAGAAAGACCUGCUCACGAGGGUCCUGGUCAUGCCGGCGCAAAAGCCAGCAGAGCUGUUUGGCUCGGUGAACACGACCGAAUUGCCACCACUGGCUUUUCCAGGAUGAGCGACCGUCAACUUGCACUUUGGGACAUUCGAGGUGCCGCCCAGCCCCUAGGCGGCUUCCAAAUGCUUGACUCGAUUUCUGGUGUUUGCAUGCCAUUUUGGGACGAAGGAACUCAAUGUCUAUUCCUAGCAGGAAAGGGUGACGGCAACAUUCGAUACUACGAAUACGAGAAUGACUCAUUUGAGGAUCUAUCCGAGUACAAGUCUGCGGAUGCACAGCGAGGAGUGGCUUUCUUGCCCAAACGAGGUGUAAACCUGCAUGAAAAUGAGGUUGCUCGUGCGUACAAGACAGUUAACGACAGCUAUAUUGAACCUAUCUCCUUUAUUGUUCCACGCCGGGCAGAAUCAUUCCAGGAGGAUAUCUAUCCCCCAACAACUGGUUUGAAACCCGCCGUAAGCGGUAAAGAAUGGUUCGACGGUGCUGCCGGCAUUCCUCCCAAGAUCUCGCUGGAAAGCAUCUAUGAUGGUACCGGGUUGAAAGAAGUUGCUGCAAGUCAGCCACCAGUGAAGAAGGCCCCUGAACCAGUGAAAGCUCCUGAACCGAAGAAAGAGGUUUCUCAACCAGCGCCUGCUCCAAGUCCGACAAUCCGAUCGCCACCUCCGACUAUGAAAGAACAAGGAGUCGGCAUGGCGGCCGCAGCAGGCAAAUUUCAAGACACUGAACCGGCCGAGGAGAGUGGUGAUGAAUCUCCAUUCGAGGAAGUCCAAAAACCGGUGGAAAGAAAAUCCGCGACCGUGCCAGCAUCUGCAGAGGUGAAGAAGGAAACACCACUCCCAUCACCAGUCAAGUCGCAACUCGCUGAAGUUACUCAACCUAAGCCGGCCUCUCCGAAGCUCUCAGAAACUACACAGACCAUAGAUGAAGACGCCGAUGAAGAACCUGAUGCUCCUGCAAGUGGCUGUUCUCAAGAUUCUGCCGAUAGAGAGAUCAAGAACCUCAAGGCCUUGGUUGCUCAGCAAUCGAGGCAGCUGCGAGACCUGACCAAGACCGUGACAGAGCUUGUGGCAGAAGUAAAGAAUCUGAAAGCGGCGUAG